AUGCCUCAUCGCUUUAGCGAGGCGUCUCGCCGGAGCCCGGAGGGCCGCGGAGCCCGGGGAGCGCGGCGGAGCUCGGCGGAGGCACCGCGGGCCGCGCAGGGCGCGGGGGCGGGAAGGAAGAGAGAGAGAAGCGCUGGGAGGGCCGGGCAGCGCCGCCGCCUCCCGGCUCCAGCACCGCGGACAGCGCCCGGCCAGCGGCGCGGGCAGGCGGGGCGGGCACCGAGGCACGGCGGGCAGCGAGCCGCGGCCACACGAAGGGACACGGCCACGCGGAGGGACACGGCCACGGCCACACGGGCCGAGCCACGGCCGCAACACGGCGGCUGCCCGGAGAUCAGCGGCGCGCACGGGCAAGGCGGCCCACGCAGAAACACCGGCGGCGCAGGCACGCUGAGACACGCGUGGGCAAAAGGGCACAGGGGCACAGACCUAGUGCGCGCUCUCGGGCACAGACACAAGCCCAGAGUCACAGAAAACAGCGCAGCACAGCAUCACACACACACACACACACCCAGAGACACACAGACACACAGACACACACACACGGUUUCAGGCACACACGGACAAGCGCCCAAGCUCCCACAGGCACAGCGCGGGCACAGCCGCACACGGUCACACAUACACGCACAGGCACCACGGACGCCACUCACAGACAGCACCUGUGCUCGCACGCCCGCUGACUCACAGAAACUGGCACACACGGCUGCACGCAGACAGACACACAGACACAGGCACCCGCACAGUGACAGACGCACAGACUGUCCUGGUUCCUGCCUGGACAGAGUUAAUUUUUGCCGUAGCCAGGAGGGUUCACGGCCAGGACCCAGAGGUUGUUCUGCUAUCACUUCAGGUCAUUGCCAGCGCUGGGUUUAUGGGGGAAAGGAGGAGUGUCUUAGAGAAGGGGCUUCUUCAGGUCCAGUAAGCCGUGCUGGGGGGUAA